CGUCAAAUGGCCAGUUCGCGUACCUCUGUGAAAUGAAUGUGGCCGGACUGACCAAUGUGUCGCAUCGCGUAACACAGUUUGAAAACCUGCCAACUCAGUUGAUCUAUUUUAAGGGCAGAGUUCAUUUAAACCAGGACAUUUUACCUGGUGAUAUUGACAUAGGUACGAAAUCGAUUUGCAAUUUUCCUUUGAGUACUUUGGAGAUGAUAAACUUGUUCAGUUUUCAUUAUUACAGGUACAUGUCCCAUCCUACUGGGAGGAAACUUGAAGUAUUCCAAUAAGCUCCAAGGCAAUCCAAGGAAAUACUCUAUUCCACAGGGAGGAGAUUUAUGGAUAUACAAUGAGAUCCUACGGCAAUCAAAAGAGAUUCACUAUCGCAGUGGGUGAAGACCCGAGGCAGUCCAUGAAGAUUUUUCAGUCGACUUGGAUGAGACUCGAAGUACUCCAGGGACCUCCAGUGCAAUUCAAGGAGAACCUUCUGUUGCAGUGGUACAAUAAGUUCAUUUCGUGAAGAUCCGAAAAGAUCCAAGGAAUUCUGGAGAGUUUCAAAAAUGUUUAAGAGUAUCUAA